AGGAAGUAACUAGGAAGAUAGUAAGCCGGUACAGAUGAUUUUUUUCUCUUACACACGAUCCUAUUUCAAUAAAGGAAAGACCGUAAAUUUUGUUGCGCUCGAAAUGAUAGAUUCAAAUUGAAAGUAUGUACAUGCGUGUCACCGAUAAAUUGGCGCAAUUUAAAUCCGCUAUCAUUCGUUUGCGAGAUAAAGAAUUAAUUCCAAUCUAAAGACGUUUGAAAAUUCGUCUUAUGUAAAUCUUCUUAUAGAGUUACCUUUCUAUAUGUUCGUACAGAAACACGUAUUAUAUCUGUACCUGUAUAUAUGCCGUGAGUAACAGCGAGCAACAAAUAACAAUGUCGACGAUGGAAGGUUCACUUAGCAAAUGGACAAAUGUUGUUAACGGAUGGCAAUAUCGAUGGUUUGUUCUAGAUGACAAUGCCGGUCUAUUGUCGUAUUAUACGAGUAAGGAGAAAAUGAUGAGAGGAGCACGCAGAGGAUGUGUACGCUUAAGAGGCGCUAUCAUUGGUAUAGAUGAUGAAGAUGAUAGCACAUUUACCAUUACAACAUCAUCUUAUAAAGAUGAUCCAAAAACAUUUCACUUCCAAACACGAAAUGCAGAGGAACGAGAGCGUUGGAUUCGUGCUUUAGAAGAUACUAUAUUACGUCAUUCUCAUGCUAGGUGGGAUCCUAAAAAGUCUCCCCCAAAACAAGAUUUUGAUCGUAAAGUAGCUGAAGCAGACGCUUAUCUCCAACUGUUAAUUGAUCAAAUAAAAGUAAUUGAAACGAAACAAAGGAAUGCAUCUACGGAAGAUGAAGAAAAGCAAGAGAAGUAUACAGCAAUUUUAACUCAAGCUAAUGCAAUGCUUAAUUCUGUUAAGCAUACAAUAGUUCAGUUGCAAAUUGCAAAGAACACAGCAAUACCUGUAAAUGGGAUAUAUAGGGGACCCACUGACUCAAUACAUGUUUCAUCUGCCUUAUCUCAUGUUGCUACUAGAGAACCAGAAACAGCUGUACAAACUGGAAUUGAAUUGGGUUCUGAAUGUGUAGAACCAAGAAUACCUACAUUGCCAAAUGCUGUUGUAGAUAGAGAUCUUCCAGUACCACAAUUUUCUUACUCAUCUUCGGACGAGGAUGAAGAUUAUUUUGAUGCAGCAGAUGAAAUAGCACCACCUAGCGCAAUACAAAAUCAUAUUACUGUUAGACGACGAGAGAGCGAACGGUCACAAAUGCAUGCAGACAAUUCUAAUGAAAACCGGAGACAAAACCCGUUACCUCCUACAAAAGGUGACGGAUCAGUUGAUUAUGAUGCUCUUUACGAGGAGGAAAGCGAAACCGAAAUGGAUUCCAUGGAAUCCCACGGUUCAGUUGUAACCCAUCUCUUGUCGCAAGUGAAAAUUGGCAUGGAUUUAACAAAAGUAGCAUUACCUACGUUUAUAUUGGAACGCAGAUCACUUUUAGAAAUGUAUGCAGAUUACUUUACUCAUCCAGAUCAAUUUAUAAGCAUAGCAGAUAUGGUUACCCCAAGAGAUAGAAUGGUUCAAGUAGUUCGCUGGUAUUUAUGCAGUUUCCAUGCAGGUCGUAAAUCAGGUGUAGCAAAAAAACCGUAUAAUCCAAUAUUAGGUGAAAUUUUUAGGUGUCAUUGGGAUAUUCCCAAUGUCACUGUAGAUAGUACAAUUGAUUCGAAAUUAGUUGCCGAAGGUCCUGUACCUUGGUGUAGAGAGAAUCAACUUUCAUUCGUUGCAGAACAAGUUUCUCAUCAUCCUCCAAUAAGCGCAUUCUAUGCUGAACAUUAUACGAAGCAAAUUAGUUUUGGAGCACAUGUAUGGACAAAAAGUAAAUUCCUUGGAUUAAGUAUAGGGGUGCAUAACGUAGGCAAGGGUUGGGUAAAUGUAUUACAGUAUGGAGAAGAGUACAUCUUAUCUUUUCCAAAUGGUUAUGGUAGAUCUAUCCUUACUGUACCAUGGAUAGAAUUAGGAGGAACUGCAACUAUACAUUGCCCACAGACUGGCUUCCAUGCUACUGUAGAAUUUUUGACAAAACCUUUUUAUGGGGGUAAACGUAACCGUAUUACAUGUCAGAUUACACAACCGGGAGAUAAAAAACCAUUUCUUUCUAUAAAUGGAGAGUGGAGUGGUGCUAUGGAAGCAAAAUGGGCUGAUGGUAGAACUGAAAUAUUCGCGGACGUUAGAGAACUUACUACUCAGAAAAAAUUAGUAAAACCAGUCUGCGAACAGGAAGAUAACGAGUCGCGAAAAGUUUGGCGAGAUGUAACUGUGGGAUUAAGGAUUAAUGACAUGGAGAAAGCCACUGCAGCAAAGUGUACCAUUGAACAGAGACAACGCGACGAGGCACGAAUUAGAAAAGAAAAUAACAGUAAUUGGCAAACUAAGCUGUUUAAAGAAACUAAGGAUGGCGGGUGGGUGUAUGUAAAACCUCUUGCAGACAGAUUACACUCGACUCCAGAUCAAGCGGGAGCAACGUAAAUUCAAAAGAUACUUCGCCAGUCUACGAUAAUGCACACAGUACUAGAAACUUAACGCCUAAUUAACCAAGGCAUGACUAAUUCUAAUAUUAGUUAAUUUAUACAAUAUAUUUUAAUGCUUUCAAGACACUGUUUUUAUGCCUAAUGACUCUAUACCUUUCAAACAAAGACAAUUGAAGAAAAUUACUCAUUAUUUCUUCUAAAAUGUUACUUUUCAUCUAAACCUGAUUAAGUACAAUAGCAAAUAUUAAAGCGGUAUAUAAUAUUAAGAUUUCAUUCAAUAAUGUAUAUGUAUUUUGAUAGGUGGCAAAUUAUUUUUUAUAACACAUAGUUAGUGGUAGUCACGAUAUUGAAAAAAAAUCAUAAUAGUAUCGUGCCAUGUAUUAUAUGU